UUGAUAAAUAAUUUAUAUUGUUUGUGUAUAUAUAUAUAUAAAUAUAUGUAAGUAAAUACAAUUUUGGAUUUAUACUCUAAAAUGGUUGAUAUUAAUGAAGAAACUUUUCCAUAUGAAAAAACUUUGUUGAACACUAUUGUAAAAAACACUAAAGAGACUAAGCAUCCAGAAAUAAGUGAUUUCAAUGUAAUAAAACCAAUUAGCAGAGGAGCUUAUGGUAAAGUGUACUUGGGCCAUAAGAAAAACAAAUUGGAUCAAAUGUAUGCUAUUAAAGUUAUGAAAAAAACUGACAUGAUUAAUAAAAAUAUGAUUACACAAGUUGUUAACGAAAGAAAUGCCUUGGCAUUAGCUAACAGCCCAUUUUGUGUCAAAUUGUUUUAUUCACUACAGACUUCAAGUUCUAUUUAUUUGGUCAUGGAAUACAUGGUUGGUGGUGAUGUUAAAUCAUUGCUGAAUGCCAUGGGAUAUUUUCCUGAAGAUGUAGCAACAUUUUAUAUUGCUGAAGUUGCAUUAGCUUUACAGUAUCUCCACAGUCAUGGUAUUGUACAUAGGGAUUUAAAACCUGACAAUAUGUUAAUAUCUGGGCAAGGCCAUAUAAAAUUAACAGAUUUUGGUCUUAGUCGUAUUACAAUUCAUCGAGAUUUAGAAAUAACAGAUUUGUUAAAUAACUCUCCUAAUGUUAAUACCAGAACUCCUGGCCAAUUACUUUCUUUAACAUCACAUUUUUCAUUUGGGUCAAAUGAAAAAACUCAUGUCAGUGGUUUUAGUAUGGGCUUUAAUAUGGAUUUAGAUGAAGAUGAUUAUAAUAGUAGUCAUGUUUCUGGAAUAGUACCAUUUCAAUCAGCAAAUAAUACUUUAGAAGGAACUACAUUUUAUACUUGUCAGAAUUGCAGUUCUUCUACAGACUGUGAAUGUAGUGUAAUAAAGGAUAAAUUUUAUGAUACCCCGUGUUCCACCAAAAAUUUAAGCAAAAGAUUUAAAACAUCGGGAACAGAGUCUUUGAAACGAUAUAAGCGGAGAAUAUUACCACUUAGAGAUUUAGAAAGUAAUACAUUGAAUAGUUGUGGUUUGACUCAACAAAUCAAACAAGUAGAUUUAUCAAAUGUUGGAUCAAAUAUCUCAAACUCAGCUGUUAAAAGUGUUUUGAAACUGAAAGCUGAAGAACGAUUAAGUAGUGGUCGUGUUGCUAUAUCAACUCCAGUACAAUGUUCUCGUAAACGUUCAUACGGAGAUACUCCUAUAACUUUGAAAACUACAAGAUUUUGUUUGCCUACACCUACACAAUCUCCAUCUUUUUUAAAAGGCGCUCAUAUGGAUGAAUUAAUUAUGAGUCCAAUCGCUACUCCAUAUCUACCAAAAUUAACUCCAUAUCGAACUCCUAAGUCAUUAAGAAAAGGAAAAAGAGCUAGUGAUGGUAGAAUUUUAGGUACACCUUAUUAUUUAGCUCCAGAAUUGAUUCAAGGGAUAGAACACGGAUCUGGUGUUGAUUGGUGGGCAUUAGGUGUUUGUCUUUAUGAAUUUAUGACAGGAGUUGUUCCAUUUGAAGGUGAUACUGUACAAGAGAUAUUUGAAGACAUCCUAAGACGCGAAUUAGAAUGGCCAUCUGGAGACCAGACAUUGUCUAAAGAAGCAAUGGAAGCAAUUGAUGGUUUGAUGGCUAUAAAUCAAAAUGAAAGAUUUUCAGGUUCAGAUUUAAGAUCAUCAACUGAAUUAUUUUCUAAAAUUGAUUGGGACAAUCUUUUAAAUGAAGUACCUCCAUUUGUGCCAAAUCCUGUUAGCAUUGAUGAUACAUCGUAUUUUAUGGCACGAAAUGAACAACAACAUAUACAAUUAUCAAAUAUAGAUCUAGGAUAAAUCAACAAAUUUUUUUUUUUAUGGAACUAUUCAAUAAUGAAGUUUUAU